UACACACCAUCAACCAAGUCCUCCCCACGCGCUCCCCCAGCGCGUGACUCUCAUUCCUCUCUUAUUUUCACCUCAAAUUCACACCCACCAAAAACCCACAAGCUCUUUCAGAUUUCAGACAACCCCAUCUCCUUAUUACAACAUAUGCUUAGGUAUAUACAUACAUAUGUUGUGAUAUUGCUAUUUAUAGUAACCCUAACUUGAACUCGUUCCCUUUCACAUUACUCCCAGCUUCAGGUGUUCGAAGCAUUUCUUCCAGUGUGCAAAGCACUCCAGAGAAAAAUGGACUCUCAGAUGAUGCUUCAAGAAGUCCAGACCCUCUUCAAGAGUCAUUGAAUUUGGGUCAAGAAAAGGAUCUUCUUCCUAAUCUCUUAGAAAAGGAAAAGCAAAACUCUGCUUUGUCAGUGUGCAAAAUGCCUGACCAAGUUCCUAAGGCAAGUAAAAAACAUUGGAAGAACCAGGAGGUUAAAAAACCAUCAUUUGCUCCAAAUGGUCAGGCUUCUAGGAAGCAAUCCAGAAAGGCUAAAAAUCCCUCUCGAUUUCCUGAGGCUACAGAGAAGUGUCCUGCUUUAAUUCCAACUUCAUUGAUCUGUCAAAAUCCUGCAUGCCGAGCUACUUUAUCUGAUGAUGCAUUCUGCAAGAGGUGCUCAUGUUCUAUCUGUCAUUCAUUUGAUGACAAUAAAGAUCCAAGUCUUUGGCUGGAAUGCAUGUCUGAAUCUGGUGAAGGAGACUCGUGUGGCUUAUCUUGCCACGUUGAAUGUGCCCUCCAAAGUCGAAAGGCGGGGGUUGCUGAUAUCGGGCAAGUGGUGAAGCUAGAUGGGAGCUACUGUUGUGCAUCUUGCGGAAAAAUUUCGGGAAUACUAGGUUGUUGGAGGAAGCAACUUCUUAUCGCUAAGGACGCACGACGUGUCGACGUCCUCUAUUUCAGGAUAAGUAUGAGCUACAGGCUCUUAGAUGGGACUUCUAGGUUCAAAGAACUCCAUGAAAUUGUAGCUAGCAUUAAGGUGAAACUUGAUACUGAAUUGGGUCCAGCAAAGGGUAUUUCAACUAAGAUGGCAAGAUACAUUGUUAGCAGACUUUCUGUCGCUAGUGAUGUACAGGCCCUUUGCUCUACUGCAAUUGAGAAAGCAGAUGAAUGGUUGGCUGCAGCUUCAAAGGCAGAUCCUAGUCGUAGAGAGGGUUCACUACCGGCAGCUUGCAAAGUUCUGUUUAAAGAAAUAGAAUCUACUUCAAUUGUAGUUUUGCUUAUAGAGCUGCCUACCUCUUCUUUAGAAGACAUCAAGGGCUACAAACUUUGGUAUUGUAAGACUAGAGAAGAGUCACACUCAGAGGAACCUACUUGUAGAAUUUUAAAAUCUCAAAAGAGGGUUCGCAUUUCAAAUUUGCUUCCUUGCACGGAGUAUUCCUUUCGAGUAGUAUCAUACACAGAAACUGGUGACAUGGGACACUCUGAGGCAAAGUGCUUCACCAAGAGUGUGGAGGUUAUCGGAAAGACUCCCAGCUCUGUUGGAGUAAAUAAUAUAAAAGAGAGUUUGCAGGGUGUAGCAGAUACAAAUGUGGGCACAAAGCACAAGACUGGAGCAGAGGUGGAAUCUAAUUCAGGAUUUCAGGUCCGUGAUCUUGGGAAGGUAUUGCAGAUUGCAUCAUCUCAGGAGCAGGGCUGCCUCAAUGAGCUUUCUGGUGAGAGAAUAGAAAAUUGCCCUGGAGUUAAAGAGCCUAACCCUCAACCUGUACAUGAUCCACUACCACGUGUCUCGUGUGAGCUUGAUCUGAAUGUUGCUUCUGUACCUGAUUUAAAUGAAGAGUUGACCCCUCUGGUUGAGUCCAAGGAUGAAGAUAAUGUUAUUGCUCUGGGAAGGGUUGAGCCAGUUGGUGAUGAGGUCUCGCGUGAUAAUCAGAGAAAUGAUGUAGAGAAGUCACAUGGUAGUGGAGACUCACAAAAUUGGAGCCACAGACCCAAUGGGGAUGUUUCUGCUGUGGACUCCAAAGGAAAAAUGAACAAGAAGAGGGCUGCUACUGCAAAUGAAGAGUUACAUGAUUGUGAUAGCACUCUGGUUAAUGGAUCGCCUUGUGGGCUCCACGCCGCAUCAGGGUCUUUGGGCGAGAACUUUGAGUACUGUGUUCGAAUAAUACGGUGGCUAGAAUGUCAAGGUCAUAUCAAACCAGAGUUCAGGUUGAAACUGCUGACAUGGUAUAGUUUAAGGUCAAGUGAGCAGGAACGUAGAGUUGUGGACACCUUUGUUCAAACUCUUGUUGAUGAUCCAAGUAGCUUGGCAGGACAGUUGCUCGAUUCCUUUUCAGAUGUCGUGUCCAGCAAGAAGCGUAGAAAUGGUUUCUGCAGUAAGCUGUGGCACUAAAUUCAGAAUGAAUGAAGAGAGGUCUACUUAAAUCUGAUCCUUUUGCCAUCCUCUCUUAUAAACGCCUGUUGGUUGGUCUGCCUGUUAUUGCAGGCAAUUCGUCCUCUCUUAUAAACUCAUGUUGGUCUGUUUGCCUGUUAUUUGCACAGGCAAUUCGUUACCCUUUAUUUUCUGUUAUAGACUUGGAGUUUCAUUAUUACUCCUGUCAUUUUAUAUCGUACAUUUCCUAGGGAUGGAAUAUUAUUUCGGUUUAUUUUUAAUUAAACGAAGUUGCAUCGAUGGGAAAAAUCGAUAAAACAUUCUUGGUAA